UUUUGUAUCAUGUAGCCGCUUUUGUUUGCGUUCGCUGUAGUGCAUGUUGAAGGCAUGAAAAAAAUCAUAAUGUAAUUUCAUUAGAAUUAAGUUUAGUAUUGUGCAUUUUAUAAGUCGGUGUGUGUGUGUGUGUGGCGGAUGUGUAAAUAUGAAAAUCACAGACGGCGUGUUGAGGAGUUUCAGGGUUGCGAGAACGUAUCGAGAAAAUUCAGACAAAGUCAAUUGUUUGGAAUACAGUCCGAAUGGGGAGCACGCAAUCUCCAGCAGCGACGACGACCGCAUUGUUUUGUAUGAUAUCACCCAAGGAAGACCCAUUGAGACGUUGUACAGCAAGAAGUAUGGCGCAGAUUUGAUCCGAUACACACAUGGAGAUUCCCAAAGAGUCAUCUACAGUUCCAAUAAACUGGAUGAUACAAUACGUUACCUGUCACUGACUGACAACAAGUACAUCAGAUAUUUCCCUGGCCACACUGCAAGGGUCACGGCUCUCUCCAUGUCACCCGUGGAGGACAUGUUUAUUUCCGCUUCAUUGGAUAAGACAAUCCGCAUCUGGGAUCUACGGACCGAAAACGUUCAGGGUCUAACAGAGCCCCUCAACAGACCCAUUUGUUCCUUUGACCCAGACGGGCUCAUUUUCGCCGUGGGAGCGGAUUCGGAAUCCAUCAAACUGUACGACGUCCGUGCUUUUGCCAAGGGUCCGUUUAAUUCAUUUGAACUGAGGCUGAACCGUGCCUGCGACUGGACCGGGCUGAAGUUCAGCAGCGACGGCAAACAGAUUCUCAUCUCGACCAACGGGGGGAUGAUCUGCAUCCUCAACGCUUUCACCGGAGACGUGAUGCACAAAUUUUCGGGCUACAACAACAGCAGAGGCUUAGACCUGGAGGCGUGUUUCACCCCCGACUCCCAGUUUGUCAUGAUCGGCUCGGAGGACGGGAGAGUCCACGUUUGGAGCACGGAGAACGAGAUGAAGGUGGCGGUGCUGGAUGGCAAACAUCCCGGACCCAUCAGCGCCAUGCAGUUCAACCCCAGAUACAUGACCUUCGCCACCGCCUGCAGCAAUAUGACAUUUUGGCUCCCGAGCGUUGACGACAUGUGAAGAUGCAACUGUAAUUUUCCGUCAAAAUAUUUUACUUCAUAACAUGUGCCAACGUGCCAAAAUCAUUUUAAUGCUCCAGGCUGAUGAUGGCAAAAAUCAUGUAUACCGUUUCUUUUAUGACGUCUUACCUAAUUGUGUUUUUUAACAUUUAAUCCCUGCCAUGUUUUUUAUUGUAAAUAUAUUGUAUUCUUUUAGCACAGUUUAAUUUUUAAUCUGUUUUUAUAUUGAAAUGUGUGAACUUUUAUUGUGCAAAAAAAAUAAAUAU